GGCGAGGGAGGGAGGCGGCGAGCGAGCGAACGAGAGAGGGAGGGAGGAGGUAGGGAGACAGGGUGGGAGGGAGGAGGAAAAAUAAAGAGGAGAGCGGAGCAGGGCUGAACAAUAGAGACAGGCAGACGGGCGAGGAGGAGAGCCAGCUGCCGCGGCUGCGAAGGAGAGGGCGCCCAGGCAGCUCGGACCCCGGCCCGGGCCCGGGCCCCGGCCAGACGACAGGCGGCCAGUGCCCCCCAGGGAAGGGGGACCAUGGGGGGCCCGGCGGCAGACGCCCCCGGCCAACCACGCGCCUCCGCCUGAGGGAGGCUUGGCGUCGCCCGCCCGCGGAGCCCGGAGCCUGCCAGGUCUGCGGCCGCAGCCGCGCCGCCCCGCGCCCUCAGCCCACCCGGCGCCGACCCGCCCUCAGCCCCAGGCUUCGCGGCCCCCCGCGGGCGCCCUCUCCCAGUCAUGAACCCCCCGGAGGGGGCGGCGGAGGAAGGAGGAGCAGCCGACUCGGACGUGGACGCCUUUUUCCGGACAGGAUCUUUUCGGAAUGAUGGUUUGAAAGCUUCUGAUGUCCUCCCCAUCCUAAAGGAAAAAGUGGCUUUCGUGUCUGGGGGACGUGAUAAGCGAGGUGGACCCAUCCUGACCUUCCCUGCUCGCAGCAAUCAUGACAGAAUAAGACAGGAAGACCUGCGGAAACUUGUUACCUAUUUGGCCAGUGUGCCAAGUGAGGACGUGUGCAAACGUGGCUUCACCGUCAUCAUCGACAUGCGGGGCUCCAAGUGGGACCUCAUCAAGCCCCUCCUUAAGACACUGCAGGAAGCCUUUCCAGCAGAGAUUCAUGUGGCCCUCAUCAUCAAGCCUGACAACUUUUGGCAGAAACAGAAGACCAACUUUGGCAGCUCCAAAUUUAUUUUUGAGACAAGCAUGGUAUCUGUGGAGGGCCUUACAAAACUGGUGGAUCCCUCCCAGCUGACAGAGGAGUUUGAUGGCUCCCUGGACUACAACCAUGAGGAGUGGAUUGAGUUGCGGCUAUCUCUGGAGGAGUUCUUCAACAGUGCUGUGCACCUGCUCUCACGCCUGGAGGACCUGCAGGAGAUGCUUGCCCGGAAGGAGUUCCCUGUGGAUGUGGAGGGCUCUCGGCGACUCAUUGAUGAGCACACACAGCUCAAGAAGAAGGUACUGAAGGCCCCUGUGGAGGAACUGGACCGGGAGGGACAGCGGCUGCUACAGUGUAUCCGUUGCAGUGAUGGCUUCUCCGGACGUAACUGCAUCCCAGGCAGUGCUGACUUCCAGAGCCUGGUGCCCAAGAUCACUAGCCUGCUAGACAAGCUUCACUCCACCCGGCAGCACCUACACCAGAUGUGGCACGUGCGCAAGCUCAAGCUGGACCAGUGCUUUCAGCUGCGGCUCUUUGAGCAGGAUGCUGAGAAGAUGUUUGACUGGAUAAGCCACAACAAGGAGUUAUUCCUCCAGAGCCAUACGGAGAUCGGAGUCAGCUACCAGCAUGCCCUAGACCUCCAAACGCAGCACAAUCACUUUGCCAUGAACUCCAUGAAUGCCUAUGUCAACAUCAACCGAAUCAUGUCUGUGGCUUCCCGCCUCUCUGAGGCUGGUCAUUAUGCUUCACAGCAAAUCAAGCAGAUUUCCACGCAGCUGGAUCAGGAGUGGAAGAGCUUUGCAGCUGCCCUGGAUGAACGCAGCACCAUCCUCGCCAUGUCUGCAGUGUUCCACCAGAAGGCUGAGCAGUUCCUGUCAGGAGUGGAUGCUUGGUGCAAGAUGUGCAGUGAAGGUGGCCUGCCAUCUGAGAUGCAGGACCUGGAGCUGGCGAUCCACCACCACCAGUCCUUGUAUGAACAAGUGACCCAGGCUUACACAGAGGUCAGUCAGGAUGGCAAAGCCCUGCUGGAUGUACUACAGCGUCCCCUGAGUCCUGGGAACUCUGAAUCUCUCACAGCCACAGCCAACUACUCCAAGGCAGUGCACCAGGUGUUGGAUGUGGUACAUGAGGUACUGCACCACCAACGGCGGCUUGAAAGCAUUUGGCAGCAUCGAAAAGUACGACUCCACCAGCGGCUACAGCUCUGUGUGUUCCAGCAGGAUGUGCAGCAGGUAUUGGACUGGAUCGAAAACCAUGGUGAGGCCUUUCUCAGCAAACACACUGGGGUUGGGAAGUCCCUGCAUCGAGCUCGAGCCCUGCAGAAAAGGCAUGAUGACUUUGAAGAGGUGGCUCAGAAUACAUACACCAAUGCGGACAAGCUCCUAGAAGCGGCAGAGCAGCUGGCUCAGACAGGGGAGUGUGACCCUGAGGAGAUCUACAAGGCUGCUAGACACCUGGAAGUGCGCAUCCAGGACUUCGUGCGCAGAGUGGAGCAGCGGAAGCUUCUUUUGGACAUGUCUGUCUCCUUUCACACACACACCAAAGAGUUGUGGACAUGGAUGGAAGACCUUCAGAAGGAGAUGCUAGAGGAUGUCUGUGCAGACUCAGUGGAUGCCGUCCAGGAACUGAUUAAGCAGUUCCAGCAGCAGCAAACUGCUACCCUGGAUGCCACACUCAAUGUCAUCAAGGAAGGAGAAGACCUUAUCCAGCAGCUCAGGUCAGCGCCUCCCUCCCUGGGGGAGCCCAGCGAGGCCAGGGACUCGGCUGUGUGCAACAACAAGACACCUCACAGUAGUUCCAUCAGCCACAUAGAAUCUGUUCUGCAGCAACUGGAUGAUGCCCAAGUGCAGAUGGAGGAGCUGUUCCAUGAGCGGAAAAUCAAGCUGGAUAUCUUCCUACAGCUACGCAUCUUUGAGCAGUAUACUAUUGAGGUAACGGCAGAGCUAGAUGCCUGGAAUGAGGACUUGCUCCGGCAGAUGAAUGACUUCAACACAGAAGAUUUAACACUGGCAGAGCAGAGACUACAGCGCCACACAGAGCGAAAGCUAGCCAUGAACAACAUGACCUUUGAAGUCAUCCAGCAGGGCCAGGAUCUGCACCAGUACAUCAUGGAAGUUCAGGCCUCAGGAAUUGAGUUAAUUUGUGAGAAAGACAUUGACCUGGCAGCUCAGGUACAAGAGCUACUAGAGUUUCUCCAUGAGAAGCAGCAUGAACUUGAGCUCAGUGCAGAGCAGACCCAUAAGCGGCUCGAACAGUGCCUCCAACUGCGGCAUCUCCAGGCUGAGGUCAAACAGGUCCUGGGAUGGAUCCGAAAUGGAGAGUCAAUGCUCAAUGCUAGCUUGGUCAAUGCUAGUUCUUUGUCUGAAGCAGAGCAACUGCAGAGAGAGCAUGAGCAGUUCCAACUGGCUAUCGAGUCCCUCUUUCAUGCCACUUCCUUGCAGAAGACGCACCAGAGCGCCCUGCAGGUACAGCAGAAAGCCGAAGCACUGCUCCAGGCUGGCCACUAUGAUGCUGAUGCCAUUCGAGAAUGUGCUGAGAAGGUGGCCCUCCACUGGCAACAACUCAUGCUGAAAAUGGAAGACCGGCUAAAACUGGUCAAUGCCUCUGUGGCCUUUUACAAAACUUCUGAACAGGUCUGUAGUGUGCUGGAGAGUUUAGAGCAAGAAUACCGGAGAGAUGAGGACUGGUGUGGUGGACGUGAUAAAUUGGGGCCAGCAGCAGAGAUUGACCAUGUCAUUCCACUUAUCAGCAAACACCUGGAACAAAAGGAGGCCUUUCUUAAGGCCUGUACCCUGGCAAGGCGGAAUGCUGAAGUAUUUCUCAAGUACAUCCACAGGAACAAUGUCAGCAUGCCCAGUGCUGCCAACCACACACGGGGACCUGAGCAGCAAGUGAAAGCAAUCUUGAGUGAGCUCUUACAGAGAGAGAAUCGAGUUCUGCAUUUUUGGACUUUGAAGAAGAGGCGCUUAGACCAGUGCCAGCAAUAUGUGGUGUUUGAGCGCAGUGCUAAACAGGCACUGGACUGGAUACAAGAAACAGGUGAAUAUUACCUCUCAACACAUACCUCCACUGGAGAGACAACAGAGGAAACUCAGGAACUGCUGAAAGAAUAUGGGGAAUUCAGGGUGCCUGCCAAGCAAACAAAGGAGAAGGUAAAGCUUUUGAUUCAACUGGCUGAUAGCUUUGUGGAAAAAGGACACAUUCAUGCCACAGAAAUCAGGAAAUGGGUGACAACGGUGGACAAACAUUAUAGAGACUUCUCCUUGAGGAUGGGAAAAUACCGAUAUUCCCUGGAGAAAGCCCUUGGAGUCAACACAGAGGAUAAUAAAGACCUGGAGCUGGACAUCAUCCCAGCAAGCCUUUCAGAUCGUGAGGUUAAGCUACGGGAUGCCAACCAUGAAAUCAAUGAAGAAAAGCGGAAGUCAGCCCGGAAGAAAGAAUUCAUAAUGGCUGAAUUACUCCAGACAGAGAAGGCUUAUGUAAGGGACUUACAUGAGUGCUUAGAGACCUACCUGUGGGAAAUGACCAGUGGUGUGGAAGAGAUCCCCCCUGGGAUCCUUAAUAAAGAGCAUAUCAUCUUUGGCAACAUCCAGGAAAUCUACGAUUUUCAUAACAACAUUUUCCUCAAAGAACUGGAGAAGUAUGAGCAGCUACCUGAGGAUGUGGGACACUGCUUUGUUACUUGGGCAGAUAAAUUUCAGAUGUAUGUCACCUACUGUAAAAACAAGCCUGAUUCCAACCAGCUGAUCCUGGAGCAUGCAGGCACUUUCUUUGAUGAGAUACAGCAGCGGCAUGGUCUGGCCAACUCCAUCUCCUCCUACCUAAUUAAGCCCGUCCAGAGGAUCACCAAGUACCAGCUGCUCCUGAAGGAACUUUUAACUUGCUGUGAAGAAGGGAAAGGGGAGCUCAAGGAUGGGCUGGAAGUGAUGCUCAGUGUCCCAAAGAAAGCCAAUGAUGCCAUGCAUGUCAGUAUGCUGGAAGGGUUUGAUGAGAACCUGGAUGUCCAGGGGGAACUGAUUCUUCAAGAUGCCUUUCAAGUAUGGGACCCGAAGUCACUAAUCCGGAAGGGACGGGAGCGGCACCUGUUCCUCUUUGAGAUUUCCUUGGUUUUUAGCAAGGAAAUCAAAGAUUCUUCAGGACACACAAAAUAUGUUUACAAGAACAAGCUACUGCCUCUCACAGGCAUUUCCUGUCUACAGACCUCAGAGUUGGGUGUGACCGAGCACGUAGAGGGUGAUCCCUGCAAAUUCGCCUUGUGGUCUGGGCGCACCCCAUCCUCAGACAAUAAAACAGUGCUGAAAGCCUCCAACAUAGAAACCAAGCAGGAGUGGAUCAAGAACAUACGAGAGGUGAUUCAAGAAAGGAUCAUUCACUUGAAAGGAGCUUUAAAAGAGCCAAUUCAGCUCCCCAAAACACCAGCCAAACAGAGGAACAAUAGUAAGAGGGAUGGAGUGGAGGAUGGUGACAGCCAGGGAGAUGGGAGCAGCCAGCCAGACACCAUCUCCAUUGCCUCUAGAACAUCUCAGAACACAGUGGACAGUGACAAGGUCAUGAAAUCAGGACACUACCAGCUUUCCAGAAGCCCCCUGUGUGCCCCUCCCUGGUCACAACCCUGUCCUUCUCCCCUAAAGCUCUCUGGAGGAUGUGAGUUGACUGUAGUCCUCCAGGACUUCACUGCAGCCCAUAGCAGUGAGCUGACCAUCCAGGUGGGGCAGACAGUGGAGCUGCUGGAGCGUCCAAGUGAACGGCCAGGCUGGUGUCUGGUUCGUACCACAGAACGGAGCCCUCCCCAGGAGGGCCUGGUCCCCAGCAGUGCUCUGUGCAUCUCCCAUUCGAGAAGCAGCGUGGAAAUGGACUGCUUUUUUCCCCUAGUGAAAGAUGCAUACUCUCAUUCCUCAAGUGAAAAUGGAGGCAAAUCUGAAUCAGUGGUCAACCUACAAGCUCAGCCCUCCCUGAACUCCAUCCACAGCUCCCCUGGACCCAAGCGAUCCACCAACACCCUAAAGAAGUGGUUGACAAGUCCUGUGCGCCGGCUUAAUAGCGGGAAAGCAGAUGGGAACAUCAAGAAGCAGAAGAAAGUCCGAGAUGGUCGGAAAAGCUUUGACUUGGGAUCUCCUAAGCCUGGAGAUGAGACAACCCCUCAGGGAGACAGUGCUGAUGAGAAGAACAAGAAAGGAUGGGGUGAAGAUGAGCCAGAUGAAGAGUCACACACACCCCUCCCUCCACCUAUGAAGAUCUUUGAUAAUGACCCCACACAGGAUGAGAUGUCCUCCUCUUUGCUAACAGCACGACAGGUUCCCACUGAAGUACCUACUGCUGCAGACCUUGUCAGUGCAAUAGAACAGUUGGUCAAAAGCAAGCUGAGUCUAGAAGGAGGUUCAUAUCGGGGGAGCUUAAAAGACCCUGCAAGCUGCCUCAGUGAGGGAAUGACCCCAACUACACUUCCUAGAAACCUGGAAGAAGAACAGAAAGCCAAGGCCCUGAGAGGCAGGAUGUUUGUCCUGAAUGAGCUGGUUCAGACAGAAAAAGACUACGUCAAGGAUCUGGGAAUUGUGGUGGAGGGCUUCAUGAAGAGAAUCGAAGAAAAGGGUGUUCCUGAGGACAUGCGAGGAAAAGAUAAAAUUGUAUUUGGAAACAUCCACCAGAUUUAUGAUUGGCAUAAGGAUUUUUUCCUGGCUGAACUGGAAAAGUGUGUCCAGGAGCAAGACAGAUUGGCACAGCUCUUUAUUAAACAUGAGCGAAAGCUUCACAUCUAUGUUUGGUACUGCCAGAAUAAGCCUCGUUCAGAGUACAUCGUUGCUGAGUAUGAUGCCUACUUUGAAGAGGUGAAACAGGAGAUAAAUCAAAGGCUGACACUUAGUGACUUCCUUAUCAAGCCCAUUCAGAGAAUAACAAAAUACCAGUUGCUCCUCAAGGACUUCCUGCGAUACAGUGAGAAGGCUGGUUUGGAAUGUUCAGAUAUUGAGAAAGCAGUGGAGUUAAUGUGCCUUGUUCCAAAACGCUGCAAUGACAUGAUGAAUCUGGGACGCCUGCAGGGUUUUGAGGGCACCCUGACCGCUCAGGGUAAGCUGCUGCAGCAGGACACUUUCUACGUGAUUGAGCUGGAUGCGGGCAUGCAGUCCCGGACCAAGGAGAGACGAGUGUUCCUGUUUGAGCAGAUUGUCAUCUUCAGUGAACUGCUCAGGAAAGGGUCCCUCACCCCAGGCUACAUGUUCAAAAGAAGCAUCAAGAUGAAUUACUUGCUACUGGAGGAGAAUGUGGACAAUGACCCCUGCAAGUUUGCACUCAUGAACAGGGAGACUUCUGAGAGAGUCAUUCUGCAAGCUGCCAACGCUGAUAUCCAGCAGGCCUGGGUGCAAGACAUCAAUCAAGUCUUAGAAACACAGCGAGACUUCUUAAAUGCACUACAGUCACCCAUUGAAUAUCAGCGGAAAGAAAGGAGCACAGCUGUGAUGAGGUCACAGCCUGCUAGGGUUCCCCAAGCCAGUCCAAGGCCAUAUUCUUCAGUCCCCGUGGGCUCUGAGAAGCCCCCAAAGGGCUCCAGCUAUAACCCUCCUCUGCCACCCUUGAAGAUAUCUACCUCCAAUGGCAGUCCAGGGUUUGACUACCACCAGCAUGGGGACAAGUUUGAGAUCAGCAAGCAAAGCGACCUGGGAAUUUGCAAUGGAACAUCAUCCAUGGCAGUGAUCAAAGACUACUAUGCACUGAAGGAGAAUGAAAUCUGUGUGAGCCAAGGUGAGGUGGUCCAGGUCCUCUCUGUCAACCAGCAGAACAUGUACCUGGUGUACCAGCCUGCCAACGACCAUUCCCCGGCAGCCGAAGGCUGGGUCCCUGGCAGCAUCCUGGCACCCCUCACCAAAGCGACCACAGCAGCAGAAAAUAGUGACAGCAGCAUCAAGAAGUCAUGUUCAUGGCAUACUCUACGCAUGAGAAAGCGGGCAGAAGUGGAGAACACGGGUAAAAAUGAAGCCACAGGGUCUCGUAAACCCAAGGAUAUUCUGGGCAACAAAGUCUCUGUUAAAGAGACGAACAGUUCCGAGGAGUCAGAGUGUGAUGAUCUUGACCCUAAUACUAGCAUGGAGAUCUUAAAUCCAAAUUUCAUCCAAGAAGUGGCCCCAGAAUUCCUUGUGCCCUUAGUGGAUGUGACUUGCUUGCUUGGAGAUACAGUGACACUGCAGUGCAAAGUAUGUGGGCGGCCAAAGCCCACCAUCACCUGGAAGGGUCCAGAUCAAAACAUCCUUGACAGUGACAACAGCUCAGCCACAUACACUGUCUCCUCUUGUGAUUCUGGGGAGAUCACCUUGAAGAUCUGCAACCUGAUGCCCCAAGACAGCGGGAUUUAUACAUGCAUUGCAACAAAUGACCACGGAACCACAUCCACAUCAGCUACAGUGAAAGUACAAGGAGUCCCAGCAGCCCCAAACCGCCCCAUCGCCCAGGAAAGAAGCUGCUCUUCUGUGAUUCUCAGGUGGCUGCCCCCCUCCAGCACAGGGAACUGCACAAUUUCUGGCUACACUGUGGAAUACAGGGAAGAAGGUUCCCAGGCCUGGCAGCAGUCAGUAGCUUCAACCUUGGACACUUACCUCGUCAUUGAAGAUCUCAGCCCUGGGAGCCCUUAUCAGUUCAGAGUCAGCGCCAGUAACCCCUGGGGGAUCAGCCUUCCCAGUGAGCCCUCUGAGUUUGUUCGGCUUCCGGAAUAUGAUGCUGCUGCUGAUGGUGCUACCAUUUCUUGGAAGGAAAAUUUUGAUUCAGCUUAUACUGAAUUGAAUGAAAUCGGAAGAGGCCGAUUUUCCAUAGUAAAGAAGUGCAUUCACAAAGCCACCCGCAAAGAUGUUGCUGUGAAAUUCAUCAGCAAAAAGAUGAAGAAGAAAGAGCAGGCUGCCCACGAGGCUGCCCUGCUCCAACACCUGCAGCACCCCCAGUAUAUCACUCUCCAUGACACCUAUGAGUCCCCCACAUCCUACAUCCUGAUUUUGGAGCUGAUGGAUGAUGGCCGACUCUUAGACUACCUUAUGAAUCAUGAUGAGCUUAUGGAAGAAAAGGUAGCUUUCUAUAUCCGAGACAUCAUGGAAGCUCUCCAAUACCUUCACAACUGCAGGGUUGCACAUCUGGACAUAAAGCCAGAAAAUCUGCUCAUCGACCUGCGAAUUCCAGUGCCUCGAGUGAAGCUCAUUGACUUGGAAGAUGCUGUUCAGAUCUCAGGUCACUUCCACAUUCACCAUCUGUUGGGGAACCCCGAGUUUGCUGCCCCAGAAGUAAUCCAAGGCAUUCCUGUCUCCCUGGGCACAGACAUCUGGAGCAUUGGGGUUCUGACAUACGUUAUGCUGAGUGGGGUCUCUCCCUUCUUGGAUGAAAGCAAGGAGGAGACGUGUAUCAAUGUCUGCCGAGUGGACUUUAGCUUCCCUCAUGAGUAUUUCUGUGGUGUGAGCAAUGCUGCCAGAGAUUUCAUCAAUGUGAUCUUACAGGAAGACUUUCGGAGGCGUCCCACAGCAGCCACUUGCCUGCAGCACCCGUGGCUACAACCCCACAAUGGCAGCUACUCCAAAAUCCCCUUGGACACUUCCCGCCUGGCAUGCUUCAUAGAACGACGCAAGCACCAGAAUGAUGUGCGGCCUGUUCCCAAUGUCAAGAGUUACAUCGUCAACAGGGUGAACCAAGGGACGUAACCAUCUCCCCCAGUCCCUAGAGGUUUCACAUAGACGUGCAGUGUGAACCAAAGCAAGACUGAAUGUUUCUGUAAAUAACUUUGUCAGUUAUUUCACCACAUGCAGUUCUCUAGACUGAUAGAUGAUGUACCCAGGAAGCCAUGUCAGUGGUUGUUUAGGGUCAGAGCUGCAGUGAGGUUGCCCUAAAUGCAGAAACUUUCCAGAAGGUUAUUCAGAUGAGAGGAAGAUGCAAAGAGUCAGAAAAUGUAUUUAAAAAGGGGCAAAAAUAGUACCUGUUUUUAAAGUUUAAUUGUGCAUUCCAAAAUGAGUGUUAAUUUGAGCAAAGUGAGCAUAAAAAUUUCAGCCUUUGCUGGAAUUUCAAGCAAAAUGUCCUGUUGAACAGAGAUGUCAUGUAUGUCAACUAUUCUGGUUUAGAUUACUUACAUAUAGUUUCUUAAUAGCAUCCAUAUUCACAUACAAUAAAAGAUAUUCCAUUCAGGUUUCAGAUUUUUAUAACAUAGAGAUAUAUAUGAAAUUGACCAUAAAUAACUUUGAGUGCUCCAGUUAAGACAAUAAUUUAUUUACCUAAACAUUGCAUUGUUUUGACUAAGCACAAUUAGAUGAUGAGUUUUUUAGAGCAUUUUAUAAAUCCUGUGUAGAAAACUUUUUCCAGAACCUGUGCAGUAAAACAAAACAAAGCUAUCUUUUUGCAGUCUGUUGAGAUUUUUCUCCCAGCCACAGAUGUUUAAUCCACAUAGGUUCUAUAUAUAAAAUGCUACCCCCAAAUUCACUGGCAGCUCAGAAUUACUCUGGCAGGAAAACCUGCUAGGAAAUAAGUCCAAAAAACAAGAGUUGUGGGGCUAUUUUUAUGUCUACCAUUGGUAUGAAUUAUGUUAGGAAUAUAACAGGUUCAUGCAAAAGGGCAAAUAGAAACCUUUCCUGCAAUUCCUAUAAGCAAUGUAAGAACACUUUCUGACUUAUUCUACAGCUAUAAAAUGUAGUCUUUAGAAAGUUGGCUUGCUCUAUUUCUAACCCCUCAUGGAGGUUAAGGGGUGCUUACCAAAAGGAGGCAGCCAUAUAGGCCUUUUAAGGCCUGGUCCCACCAGUCCCAAGUCCUUUUUAAAGCCAUGGAAUAAAAUCUGAUACAUCACUCUAAUGGAGCAUUGAGUUUCAACUUAAGUUGCAAUACCUAUUACCACUCAGCCACUGAUAUUUCCCCGGACUAAAAGGACUAAUUGCCCUUUGAGGCCAACACUGUUUUCUGAUGUAUAUUCUUUAAACAAGAUGGUUACAUACUGCCCUUUGUUUCCAUUGGUGGGGAAAAAAAAUUAAACCUGAGAAUUUCA